GGAGAAAUAUCGUCAGAUCUCAGUUUUUACAAGCCAAAUUUCCAUCUAUUUCCAAUUUCUUGCAUUUCCAUCUGAAAAUUAGGGUUCCCACUUCCCUAACUUUCAUUUUCUUCGCUUCUAUUUUUGUCCUUGGAUUUAGUUUGUAUACAUUUUUCUUCCACUAGAUCGAUCCGAAGAUCCGGAUGUACGAAAAAGUUGGAAGCCUUCUGCAGUGACUGAGCGUUUAUUAUUUCAUCUAAAUAUCUAUGGCGGACGAAGAGCCUGUUGAUCCAAAGAAGUAUCUUGAAGAAUCUUGCAAGCCUAAGUGCGUGAGAUAUUUGCGUGCAUAUGAGGCAUGUGAGAAUAGGGUCAAAGAAGAUGAAACCGGACAUAAACACUGUACGGGGCAGUAUUUUGACUACUGGUCUUGUGUUGAUAAAUGUGUUGCCCCAAGGCUUUUUACUAAACUGAAGUGAUCUGGAGGUAGCUUAAAGUGUUUUACCUCGUUGUCAUCUUAUUUUCUUUCUCUCUGCAACACCAUUUAAACUUCUACCAAAUGUUUGGUUGGCUCAUUUUUCACCUGAGACUGUAUGUUGCUGUUUGGCUCUAUCCCCAGGCAACUAUCUUUUUUUGAACACUUGAGAUUUCUCCCUUAGAAUAAAGGAUGGUUUUGUGGGCUGUUUGCUUUGUUUACUUGUUGUAGUUCUAGCCUUCUAGGUUGUGUAGUCAUGAUCCACGAUUGAUGAUGGGCAAUAGAGCAGCCCAAAAUGGCUUAGACUAUCUCCACUGUAUCCAUAGCUUGUUAAACCAAAGAUAGGAGCAAAAAUUGUAGCAUCAUAAAUCGAGGUUUAAAUACAA